AUGACGGGAAAGUUCCUUUUGACCGGAGGAUAUGUGGCUACUCUGGACGAUUCGCUCGGAGACUUCCCCAGCGGUGCGGUGUUGGUUGAAGAUGGCACUAUCAAGGCGGUUGGUAAAGUGGGAGACUUUGAAGCUACGGGGGCUGAGAUCAUUGACACAACCGACGGCGUGGUAAUCCCUGGGAUGGUGGACACUCAUCGCCAUGCUUCCAUGUCUUUGACGCGCGGAAUUGGGGCAGACCAGGCAUUGAUGCAUUUUCUAUCCAACACUUACAUGAGGUGGCUGCCCGCCACUGGAGUCGAAGACAUGCACCUUUCUGCGCUUGUUGGCGCGCUCGAGGCACUUGAUAGUGGCGUCACAACGAUCAUCGAUACUUGCGAAUCCUUCCAUUCGAGAGAGCAUGCGGAGGCGGAGUUACAAGGGUUGAAAGACUCCGGCAUCCGGGCAUUUUAUGCCUACGGCAUGUGUGAUCUGGAGUACGACGGGGUACCGACUGGAAAUGACGCUUGGAACGCUCGCCUGGGCCACCUCAGCGAGAUGCAUGCGGCAAACUCGUUUAGUGAAAGCUUGGUCAAGGUUGCAUUGCAGCUCAGCUUGCUCGGUGCAGUUCCUUUUGAACUCACGGCCAGGGAGAUCGAAUAUGCGCAUCAGCACCGGAUGCUGUGCUGCUCUCAUUCAUGCGCACUUAAAAACUCAUGCAUAACCACUGGAAUUGACGAGCUUGCCGACAACAACCUGAUGCUGCCGGGCCAUGUUUAUAUCCACUGCACAAACCUCACCGAUCGCCAGAUGGCACUUGUGGCGCAAAGCCAGGGUAAAAUCGCAAUUGCGAUGGAAACCGAUAUGCAAAUGGGCAUGGGCAUUCCACCGAUUCGGGCAUGUCUAGAGCACGGCAUCCAGCCAUCGCUCAGUAUUGAUACCGCCGCUGCCGUCGCCCCCGAUCUGCUCUCUCAGAUGCGUCUAGCAUUGCAGACACAGCGAUGCCUAGACAACGAAGCCUCCCACAACCGUCGACAGGUGCCGAUGAAUCUGGAAUAUACCUGCCGGGAUGCCUUAAUCUGGGGCACACGCAACGGCGCCGAUGCGGUUGGGCUAGGCGACCAGAUUGGCACACUCACACCCGGAAAGCGCGCCGAUAUCGUCUUCCUCUCGAACAAGCGCUUUCUCAGUCCCUCGGCGUUCCCCCUUGCCACCGCUGUUCUGCAUUCCACUCCCGCAGAUGUCGACACGGUUCUCGUCAACGGCGUUAUCAGGAAACGCGAAGGCCAGCUGGUUGGACAGGACGUUGAGCUAAUUCGCACAAAGGCGAAGGAGGGAUUGCAGCGGAUCGUCGACAAGCUUGAGACGAUGAUGCCAGAGAUGACCCCGGAGCAAAUCAGCAAGUACACGGCGGAUGCUGAACGCUCGUCCCGGGUGAACCUGGCGCGGGCCUACCAUCAAGAUUCCCGAGGUGAUGGAUUCCGACAAGCUUAG